AUGGCACCGAAAACCAGUGCAAAGGCCGCCAAGAAGGCGCAGAAAGUUCUCGUCAAGGGAGAGAAGAAGAAUAGGAGACAGCGCAGGAAAGAAAGCUAUGCCAUCUACAUCUACAAGGUGUUGAAGCAUGUCCACCCGGACACCGGAGUCUCGUCGAAGGCCAUGAGCAUCAUGAACAGCUUCGUCAAUGACAUCUUCGAACGUAUUGCUGCUGAGGUCUGGCUCAAUACAACAAACGCUCGACGAUCACCUCCCGCGAAAUCCAAACUGCUGUCCGUCUGCUGCUGCCGGUGCCGGUCAGCUGGGGCUCAGUGUUACAUCUUUGUUCAAUGGCACAGCGCGUACUCGCUCGAAGUUGCUCGCACUAACUCGGAAUUUUUGGCCAACAAAUAG